GUCAAAUUGUAGUUUUUCUAGUAGCAGAGCACGUGUGCUCAAAACAAAUGCGUAUAUGUUAUUUUUCCUUUUAAUUUGAUGCUUAAUGUUCGCUCUUCCGUGGUGUUGUAAUAGCAUUUAGCAGUUUACUACGACAACAGGUUUUCAACGCUAAUAUUUAGUUUGUUGAUGUUUUAAUUCAGCUGUUUUUGUUGUAAUGGAGGAUUUAUCAGAAGAUUUUAGGUCUUUUCUACAGAAUCAUCCAUUCUUUGAGCUCACACACUCUAAGAAGGUGAAGUGCACAUUGAACGGUCAUGAGUUUCCGUGCAGUCUCGUUGAACUGCAACAUUUCACAUCAGGAAAGCAAUAUAAGAAACUGUCAGCAGAGGCAGAGUUUGAUUACAGUCAGUAUGAGCCUCAUAUAGUGACCAGCACUAAACAACUUAAUCAUCUCUUCUGCAAGCUCACUUUACGCCACAUCAAUCGCGUACCACAACACGUUCUACGCCACAUCAACGGCAAACGAUACAAAAAAGCUCUUGAGAAGUAUGAGGAGUGUGUUCGUCAGGGUGUGGAGUUUGUUCCUGCCAGACUCAAACAGAAAAAGAGACCCAAAGAGCGUGAUGAUGUCACAGGAAGUGACAGACGACACAAGAGGAAGGAGGACAGUGGCAUCUGGGCUCCGAGCUCGAGUGAUGUCGAGAAAAGCGACUCGGAGGACAACAUGUCUGACCUUUACCCCCCGUCGAUGUUCACUGUAAAGAAAGCAGAGGAUGAGGAGGGUAUGGAAGAUGGAGAGGAAGAUGACUUUGAGACUGAUGAUGAUGAGGAUGUGUCUGAAAUGGAGGUAGAAAACCAGACGCCCAAACGCAAAAAGGUACAAUCCAGUGGAUUUACUAAGAAAUUUAAAAAGAACAAGAAGAAAGGAUUUGGACAUGUUGGCAAAGUAAAUGGAAAAUAAUAAUAAAGUUUGUGGCUCAUUAAAGUGGCAUUUUUCUCUGUCUAAUUGUUACUGAAAGUGUAUAAGUGUAUAGUGUAUCAUUCUAUUAAAAGAUACUUUCCAUUU